AUGGGAAUCGGGGACGAUGAUGAUCGGACGCCGUUCUUCGCCGGGAGUACAAAAGAAGGAUUCAACAUGAAUAGCAAGAUCAUGAUCUCAGCCAUAUCUUCAUUAGGAUUCGUGGUCAUUUUAGUAAUAGCUCUCCACAUCUACUCCCGUUUCAUGAUCAGGCGUCAAUCACGACGAAGAACUGCCCUAUUAAACAUACGAGUCGCCGCGCUCUCUCUCCAGGCCGACCAACAACCCAAAACCGGCCUCGACCCCGCCGUCAUCGCCUCUUUACCCAUCUUCGCUUUCAAGAAACCUGACGCCGCCGCCGCAGAGACCGAUGAUGAUUGCUCUGUUUGCCUUAGCUUAUUGGAAACAGAUGAGAUGGUAAGGAAGUUACCUAAUUGCAAUCACACUUUCCACGCCGAAUGCAUUGACAUGUGGCUCGAAUCACACUCUACGUGUCCGAUUUGUCGGACCGAAGCUCAACCCACGUUUGUAAUGAUCGAGCAACAACCAUUGACCGAGCCAUCCAAUAUCAUUCCUUCCCUCCUCCAGGAACCGACCGCACCACCAAUCGACGGCGGCGUUCAAUUACAACCACCGGCGCCGACGGCUAAAGUCGGAGGAGGGUCUGAAUCACGAAUGAGUUCGUUUAGGAGAAUUAUAAGCAGAGAUAGAUCUUUACCGCGGGUUCAAUCUUGUGGACAAGAUGAUGUUGAUGUUUUAUUCGAUGUCGAGAGGCAAAUUCAUCAGCAUUAA